AUGGUUUAUUCUAGCGAAGCUUCUAAAUGGAAAGCCUAUCAAUUCAAUGACCCAUUUGCUGCUGGUUCAUUUUUUGUUUGUAAUAAAGUCAGUCAAAUAUAUUGUCGUCCCGAUUGUGAUGCUCGACCAACCACCAAUUUGAAACUGGAAAUCAAGUUCACCAACACCAAUGAAGAAGCAUUGCUGUUGGGAUACAAGCCAUGUGAAACAUGUGACCCUAUUCAUAGUUAUGCCAUUGAUGUCAACUUGUUAAUCAAAUGUGUUGCUACUGUCAAUGAAAGAAUUGGGUUCAUCCAACCAUUAUUGGAUGAAAAUGAAGAAUCCAAUAGUCAGAAAAUCAAAGAAAAUAUUAUUGGAACAAGAAAAGACGAAGACAGUUUAAGAUCGAUCCAUGAUUUUGGCGAUCUCAAAAACAGCCAACAUCGUGGUUCAGUUCCAAACAUUACUAGUAAAGACUUGAGCUUAUCAAAGAACGAUUCAGAUCAUUAUCGUUUGGUUGAUUUGGCUUGUCGUCAUUUGGCAUUAGCUGCUGCUAUUAAUGUAUUCCAACCAAAACAACAAUCAACAAAUACUGAUGAACCAAGUUCCCCUACUACUAAUGGUAAUGGUAAAAGAAGAAGAAGAAGAGGUGGUGUACUUGGAUUUAAAGAGUUGGCUGCUAAAUCGAAGUUGAGUGCUUGGCAUUUCCAUCGAGUAUUUAAAUCUGUGCUUGGCUUGACCCCAAAGACUUAUGGGGACAAAUGUUGGGAUUUCAUCAAGAAGGUCAAAGAAUCAGGAGAAUAUACCACAUUUGAAGUGUACUCGACACCAAAGUCUACGACUUCAUCUUCAGUAACCUCACCCCAAUUGACUGCUACAACCACCAAGAAGAGACAACACCACCAUAGCAGCAGUGACUCUAUAUUUUCCCUUCAUGAUGACACGACUUCUAAUGCUUCUAUUCCUUUGACACCAAUAAGCCAAACCAUACCAAGUCUAAGUAAUCCAAACACUGCAGCUUCAGAUAUGGCAACAAUUUCGUACCCAACAACUUUAGAUGAUCAAUUGUUGAAUAUGAACUUUGUUGAUGAAUCAAGUUUGCAAACGAAAAUGCUUUCUUAUUCUGAUUAUAAUUUACUUCCCAACAACAACAACAGUAUAAGCAACAGUGAUGAACAAUUUCAAUACGGCGUAUUACCAUCUCAACAAAACUAUCAACUACAGCAACAACAAUUUUCUGUGCCAUCAUCAGCUGCUCCAGCUUUGUUUGAUUCCAUGCCAUCAUCAUCAUCAACAACCAAUGUCAGCGUAACCGAUUCUAUUCCAAAUAAUAAUGCUAGUGCACCAAUGUUUAACACUGAUAUGUUUAAGGAUUUGGAUUAUUCUCAACCAACACAAUCAUCCUCGAUUGAUUAUGGAUUAGGCGAGGAUUUAAAUUCCUAUUCUUCAAUUUUUGAUGAAAACAUGUUUACUACCGCUAGUGCUAAUCCAUAUCAUAGCACAGCUAAUAUAAAUGGUCUCAGUUCGAUGUUUACAUUUGGCGCUGGCGCAGAUGAAGACACCACCGCCAAUAUCAAUAAUGAUGAUACUAUUACUGCUGGGUUGUUUAUUCCACAAUUAGCUAGUAUUGCUACUCCUACUGGUACCCAUCACAACUAA